AUGGCUGAAAACAUCAGCUACACCGAACAGUUCAGCAAUGAAACUUCUUUGGACACUAGCUAUGCCGACCUUCCACUGUGCGAGCUGGAGGAUAAUGAAGAGCUCAUAAACUACAACAUAACCAAUCAGACAUUGGUGAUUCCACUUUACGAGCACGUUCUUCCUUACGUGCUGCUCGUCUGCUACCUGCUGAUCUGUGCCCUUGGCGUUACCGGAAAUGGUUUGGUCAUUUACGUGGUUCUUAUGUUCGCCAAGAUGAAGACUGUGACCAACAUGUAUAUACUCAACCUGGCCUUGUCGGAUUUUCUAUUUCUUAUGAUUCUUCCCAUCAUGGGUACAACUGCAUUGGUUAAACACUGGCUGUUUGGUCUUGCAAUGUGCAAGAUCUACUUCGUGCUGUAUUCUAUCAACCUCUUUGGUGGAGCUUUCAACCUGUGCGUUAUGAGCGCUGACAGGUAUUUAGCUGUGUGUCAUCCAAUACGUUCUUUGAGAUACCGGACUCCGCGUGUUGCCCUGUUUCUGUGCUUGUGCAUCUGGUCGCUGGCAUUUCUUGUCAUGCUGCCAAUCAUCUUGUACUCGACCACAGUCAAGCACCGAUUCUUGCCUGGUAAAGAAACGUGUGGAAUCUUUUGGCCAGAAGAUCAAAUCAUUCCUGCAGACAAGGCCUUCAUCUGGUACUCAUUCAUCUUAGGAUUUGCCAUUCCUGUGUCUCUCAUCUCGGUGUUUUACGUGUUAGUCAUCUUUAGGUUACGGCAGGUUGGCCCAGCUAAAAAGUCCAAGGAAAAACGACGUUCGCAUCGUCGAGUUACCCGUCUAGUGCUCACAGUUAUCGCCGUGUACGUGGUUUGCUGGUUGCCUUACUGGUGUUUCCAGGCAUAUAUUGUUUUUAAUGACAUUAAUGUCAAAGAUGCUAUUCUCGUGCUUGUCUUCAAUGGCUUCACAGUGCUCUCAUUUGCCAACAGCACACUCAAUCCAUUCCUGUAUGCCUUCCUCAGCGACAACUUCAGAAAGAGUUUCAUGAAAGCGUUUAAGUGUGUAUCCUGGUCUAGUAUGGAAGCUAGUAAAUCUAUAUGCAAUGAAACGAGCGUUUUUCAGCGAACCAGCCAGACUUACACACGCAGCGGCACCAGUGCAGUCACGGAGGAGAGAAUGGAGUUGUCGGCCAUCGACAACAAUACGAACAAUGCCGUGGACGCCACUAAUGAAGUGGAGGUGAACUUAACGACAUUUGCCCAAGACGACAAAGGAUAUCUCAUGCCACCUGUCCAGUUAUAA